AUGAGAUUCACUAUACCAAUUGCCCUUUUUGCUGGCUCGUUUGCUGCCGCGACUUGUGAUAGCACUGAUGCCGGUGUGAAAAACAUUUCCAAUGGGUUCGCAGAUAUCACUUUCCUGGUCGAGCAAGUUCGUUUGGCGUUUAUGGCGGAUCAUGUGCACCCCGAUGCAAUUCGUGCCUCGCUACAGCCCCUCGAAACCUCAAUCAAGGGUCUUCGUGACGUGCUGGGUACAACCUGUUUGAAUGGUGACCAAGUUAACCAGCUGACCGCGUCGAGUGUCAACCUGAUCAAUGAGAUCGGUAAACUGGGCUUUACUGCCGUCCAUACUAUUCAGAAGGCAGCCGACGAUGGAAAUACAGACGAGCUUAAUUACGUGGUACGUGAAAUCAUGUAUAGUGUGCGCACUCUGGUCGACGCGGUCUCUCAGAGCCAGCCUCGAAAGGAAGACCGCCCCUUGCAGAUCCAGACCACCCUUGCUGCGAUUGACCAGCUCAUUAGUGUUCUUUGA